UACGUUGGUAGCGCCCGUAACCCGGUAGAGCUUCGCCGUGACCCUCUGGCCUUCCUUUCCUGUGACAGCCAGCACUGACGAUGGCGAAGAUCAAGGCCCGAGACCUGCGCGGAAAGAAGAAGGAGGAGCUGCUGAAACAGCUGGAUGACCUGAAGGUGGAACUCUCCCAGCUCCGCGUUGCCAAGGUCACCGGGGGAGCUGCUUCCAAGCUCUCCAAGAUCCGUGUCGUGCGCAAGUCCAUCGCCAGAGUUCUGACUGUCAUUAAUCAGACACAGAAGGAGAAUCUGAGGAAAUUCUACAAGGGCAAGAAGUACAAGCCUUUGGACCUGAGGCCGAAGAAGACGCGCGCCAUCCGCCGCCGGCUCAACAAGCAUGAGGAGAGUCUGAAGACCAAGAAACAGCAGCGGAAAGAGCGUCUGUACCCCCUCCGCAAGUUCGCCGUCAAGGCAUAGCACUGUUGAAUCAUGCUAAAUAAAAGCCCGAAACAAAGACGUUCUCAUGGUUGUUCAGUGUACAUAUUUGAUUGAAAUAAACCACUUGGCUAGAUUCUCUG